AUGAGAAUACAUCCAACAAUAUUGUUGGUGAUUGCCCUCAUGUCAGGAGGUGCAUUUGCCAAUUUCAGUUCCGAUGAUCAAUCUUCUAUUGUCAGUGGAAUGAACACCCUAAGAACCAGAGUUUCACCAGCUUCCCAAGUACCAAUCCAAAAUUUAGUAUGGAAUAAUGACUUGGCAUCCAAUGCUCUCGGUUUAGCUACCCUUUGUGGUAGUCAAUACAUGUCUGAUGCUGGUGCAUCUGGUGUCUAUUCAGAAUCAGUUCAAACUUUUGAUUCUGAUCCAAAUGGUGAAAUGCUUAUUAAUGCAUUUUCAAUUGGAAAGGAAGGUUACAAUUAUGAUGAUAACCUUUGUUAUGAUAAUGUUGAUUGUGCUGCCUACACCAACAUGUUGUGGGAACAAUCAUCACAAGUUGGUUGUGCCAAGGUUGAUUGUGGAUCAAACACAUCAGGUGGUAGUUUAAGAUGGAGAGUUGUUUGUAACUGGAAUCCAGCCGGUUCAUUUGCUGGUGUCAAGCCAUACACUGCCGUCAGCCACACCUCUGCCUCGCUUCUCAACACUGAUCCAAACUAUUCGACCUACACUGAAUUUGAUAGCAACUCUGGUGUCAACAGAAUCUUGGACUUGACCAACCAAGAUGAUGCCGCCAAAGCCGCCAAGUCUGUCUCCAAGAAGACCAAGGCUGUCUCUAGCACAGAUUUUGAUUACCGUCAAAAUGGAAUUGUCCCAGUUCCAGUCGACUCUCGUGACUGUAGUGCUGCCUAUGCCUUUGUUGCCGCUGCUAUUGCCCAAACCCGUGUUGCCAUGAAGCGUAAUGUCCGUCCAACCGUCUCUGUUCAACAAAUCAUCGAUUGUAUGAACAACAACACUGCCACCAUUGGAGGUGUCAGAUCUGGUUGUGUCAAUGGUAGCAUCCAUGAUGCUCUCAUCUACAUUCGUGACUUUGGUCUUAUGAAGGAAUCCGAUUACCCAUACACUGGUGCCUCCUCCAACGGUGUUUGCAAGUAUGAUGCCAACAAACUCAUCGUAAAGGGUGGUUACAUGGAAUUCUCUGAUACUGGAAAGCAAAACAUUCUUAGCAAGGCUAGAAAUGAUGGUCCAGUUGGUGUUGCUGUCUAUGCCGACAUUAACCUCUAUGACUAUCGUUCGGGUGUUUACUAUUGUGACAACUCUUUCGCUGCCAACACUACCAACCAUGCUGUACUCCUCGUUGGUUACAACAAGGAUCAUGACUACUACAUUGUCCGUAACGACUGGGGAACUCAAUGGGGUGAAAACGGAUUUGCACGCAUUACAGCUGAUCCAAACCAUGAUUGUGGUAUCUCUAACAACUUGGCCGCUUCCAUGAAUACUAAUUAA